AUGUGGGCACUGUUGCCGCUAGUGAACGACCGCCGUGCAUUGAAGAAGGCGCAACAAGAGCUGGACACCUAUGUCGGCAAGAGCAGGCCCAUGGAAGAGUCCAAUGUGAAGAAGUCGACCUACCUCCAAGCCAUCGUCAAGGAGACAUUGCGUUUGUAUCCCCCUGUGCCGAUUGCUCUCAGAAGUUGCACGGAAGAGUGCACCUUCUCUGCCGGCUUCCGCAUUCCCACUGCUAUUAUACUCGGUCGUCGGUUAGGCACGCGUUUGCCGUUCAACAUCGCGAAAAUACAGAGGGAUGAGCGUGUCUGUUCCAACCCGAACGAGUUCCAGCCCGAGAGAUUCCUCAUGACACAUGAGAAUGUGGACAUGAGAGGUCAGAACUUCGAGCUCAUCCCCUUCAGCACGGGGAGGAGGUCCUGUGCCGGAACCUCACUGGCUCUUCACAUGGUGCACUUGGUGCUGGCUAGCUUGCUGCAAAGUUUGGAAAUCAGCACAGUCUCGGACGAAGCAGUGGACAUGAUGGAGAGCCCUGCCUUGUCGAAUAUGAAGACAACCCCACUUGAAAUCAUCAUCAUUCUACGCCUUGAUCAGACGGUUUAUGAAAGAGACGAGCUGGAGAAUUUGUGA